AUGAUUGAGCCUCAGAUUCUUGCAGAUCAUCCCAAGUGGCAUUGGAGGAGGUUGGUGAUUUCUGACAACAAGCCAAUUCAGACCCAAGCUUCAACUCAAGCUAACAAGCAAAAGCAAUGGCCUACAACUCACACAAGUAGCCCUGCUCAAUCUCUGGAUAUCAAGAAAGCUUGCCUGGAUCUAACUGCCGCCCAGGAGAGACUUAAAAAGGCGCUUGCUGGAGAAACUCUUGAAGAACUGGGACUUGCACUCCAAGAUGAAUUGGAGGGCAGUCUUGAUCCACCACAAGGCAAACUUGAGAACCCAAGAGAAGAGAAUGAAGAGGAUGAGAGUGAAGACAAUCUCUACAAGUGA